AUGGAUACAAUAGAUAAAAGUUGGAUGGAUCUCCGAAGAUCCACCAAUGAGUACGAUCGUGGAGUGAAGUAUUUUCUUGAUAAGGCAUUUGAACGAGCUUCUCAAGGAAAUGAAAUACUAUGCCCUUGUAAAAGGUGUUUUAAUCGGUAUUGGCAUACUCGAACGGUGGUGGAGAAUCACUUGUUUGGUUAUGGAUUUGUUAAUGGAUACACCAAAUGGGUUUUCCAUGGGGAAGGGUUUUCUUCAACAAAUAUGCCGCAUCCAACCAAUGAUGAUGAAACUUCCGACAUGCAUGACGAUAUUGAUGGACUACUUUAUGAUACUUUUAGGAAUGUAGAAGGUGAUCUGAGGCAUGAAGGAGUGAGAGAGGGACCAUCUGAAGAUGCAAAGAGAUUUUUCAAAUUAGUUGAGGAAGUGAAACAAGAGUUGUACCCGGGGUGUAAGAAUUUUUCUAAGUUGAGUUUCACCAUUCGGUUGUACUUGUUUAAAUGCAUUCACGGGUUGAGUAAUGUUGCCUUUUCAGACUUGUUAGACUUGAUAAAAGAGGCAUUUCCAUUUGCUCAGUUACCCGAGUCUUUCAACAAUGCAAAAAAGAUAAAUAAUUGUUGUGUGUGUGGUUCUUCUAGAUGGAAGAAUGUUCGUGAUGAUUUGACUAAUAAGAACACUAAAAUCCCAACAAAGGUUUUAAGGUACUUCCCUUUAAAGCCUAGGCUUCAGAGGAUAUUUAUGUGUGCUGAAACAUCUGUAGCCAUGAGAUGGCAUGCUACUGAACGACCCAAAGAUGGGAAUUUAAGACAUCCUGCUGAUGGGGAAGCUUGGAAGGAUUUUGAUUCAUUGCACCUGGAUUUCUCUAAAGAUCCUCGUAAUGUUCGAUUGGGUUUUUAA